AUGGAUUCUGAAUAUCAACAACGUGUCCCACCUACUGCUUCAAAUAGACGACGUCGUGAAUUGGAUGUAGACCAUGAACGGGGACGAGGGCGUGGGCGAGGACGAGGCCAAGGUCGUGGUCGAGGUCGUGAUCCAGUUUCGGUAGAAUAUGAUAUUCCCAGUGCCAGUCAAAGUCGGGACCGAAGCCAAAGACGAGUUGAAGGUUAUGAUAUGCCUGACAUUGCUGUGGAGGAUACCUCUUUACCUGAUUCUCCUCCUAUCCAGGAAGAGUACCUUACUCAUGCUUUUCCAGGUGGACUGACUGAUCCGUCAAUACUACGGAGUUUCAAUAGUCAUGUGGCUGCAGUUAUUUGGCACGGGGAGUUAGCUCGUUGCACUUAUCGGUUCGUCAACAAGCUUCUAAUCUCCAGUUUUGUUGAGAGAUGGCAACCUGAGACGAACACAUUUCACAUGACAGUUGCUGAGAUGACCUUGACCCUGGAUGAUGUUGGCGCUAUUCUUGGCCUUCCCAUUGUAGGCAAAUCAGUCAGCAUACCAGAUGUGACAGAUCAUCAUGGAGUUACAUUACUCGUUUAUGGCUUGGGGAUUACUGAACGUGCAGCACAUGAAGAGGUUUCUUCUGCUGGUGGCAAUUCAGUCAGGCUUGAAUGGUUGCGAAGUCAACUUGCUGGUGUCACAGAUUCAGACCCCGAGGAGGCUAUACAGUGCGCUGCAAGAGCUUAUUUAUUGUUUCUGUUGGGAUGUACACUCUUCAGUGACAAGAGUGGCGGCAAGGUUAUUUGGGAUCCAUACCACAGCUGCAGAGACCGGCAUCCAUGUAACCCGGUUACGUUCUACCAUGGAUGCUUAAAGUGCUUAGACGUUGUUGAACCCUAUCAUCCAGAUAGAGUUUUGAGGCAGUUUGGCAGGGUUCAAACCAUCCCAGAUGCACUGCUAGCUCCCAGUCGUGGUGUGUGA